AUGCCGACAGUGAGCCCGAUCGCUGCGUCUGCCCUAAACCCGUCUGUCAGUCGUACUUUCGCCACUGAUGAGACACCUCCAGGAACCCCCACCAAUCUGGAAGGCGAGAGGGUGGGCUCUACUGGCAUCCUACUGUCCUGGAUCAUGCCCCCUGACUCCAAUGGUGGACACAUCAUCUCUUACACGGUUAAAUACAAGGAGGUGUGCCCUUAUCCUGACUCCGCCUUCAUGCAGAUGGCGACCCAUUCUGAAAUCCCAGAAUUCCUCCUCAACACCCUCACUCCAGGAUCUACCUACAACAUCAAGGUGGCAGCAGAUAACAGGGCUGGUAUUGGAAGCUUCAGCAAGUCGUUGUUCAUCAAAACCGCGGAGGCCCCCCCCGGCUUGGUGACCAACCUCACAGCCUUUGCCUACAACCACUCCUUUGUCAAGGUGACGUGGUUUUUGCCCAAGCGCACCAACGGCCUCAUCACCAAAUUCUCCGUGAAGGCCAAGCACGCCCGAACGGGGCAGACGGUGCGCAUCCUGGAGCUCAACGCAGAGGAUAUCAUGAAUGGGGCCAUCCCUCACUGCAAUGACGCGGCUGAAAUUCUGUCCCGAGGUACCCCCAGCCCCCUGGAUGCCUCCAUGUUGACUUCGGCCUCCUCGCCCCCCAUCACUCUGUCAGCAGCCCCUCCUGCUGCUUCGUGGAGCGUGCCAAUCAGCGUGGGUGUGGACCAGCUGCGUCCCUACACCGCCUACGUCUUCGAGGUGUCUGCCUUCACCAGCGAUGGGGAGGGCCAGAUCGCCAGCUACAUGGUCCGCAUGCCGGAGUCAGCCCCAGAAGACCCACCUGAGAACUUGGCUGUGUGGAACAUCACGUCCAAGUCCUUUACUCUGUCCUGGGAUGCUCCCAGCAUCGUCACAGGACGCUUCAGCUAUUUCAUUGAGCUCCAUGGGCCCUCUGGAUUCAUGUUUGAGAACAGCACUGCUGAUACAAGGCUGAUGUACUCCGGAUUGACCCCAUUCACCAACUACAGAGUGGUCAUUCGAGCCAGAUCGGCGGGGGCGUUGGGGCCAGAGGCAGAGACCACUGUGCUAACUCCAGCGGAGGCGCCCAGUGCAGUCAGCGAGCUCAAAGCCAUUGCCAUUGAUUCCACGUCGGUGAAACUGUCAUGGCGCAGCCCAAGGCAGCCCAAUGGACUCAUCACACAGUACAAGAUUCUGGUUCUUACCCAUGAUGCUUUGGUGCAGGACAUCACUCUCAUUGGACCAGAGGAGGAGAGUGACUUUGUCAAAGGUAGCCUGCUGAUGAGAGCUAGAAGAGACACCUUCUUCCCAACAACAACCUCAAUGCCAGCGUCCCAAGUCCCACACUUACUCCUGUUGACCACCAGUCUCACUAGCAGACCUAUCAGUGACAAAGAAGAGCACAGUAUCCUACAGACUGACUCUACACCAACGCGGACCCCGGUGACAUACGCCCUUUCCCUGACCUCCACCACUCCAGGCUCUCCGCCAUCCUGGCUAACGGACACCAUCACCCCAAGGCUGUUCAGCAGCACAGACCCUGGGACACCUGUUGCCAAGGCAGGUUCAGGGAAGAUGCCCCUUGGCCCCUCACCAAACACUGUCCCCACAGGGCUGGGCGCAGGGUUUCCUUCCACGCUAUCGCAGGAUGUUGGAGUCCAGUUAGUGUCACUCAGCCCCAGCCCAGCCCAACCCCGCCUCUCCACUCGCUCCGCUGUAACCUCCUUUUCCACAGAAGUGACGACAUCCACCCGGGAGGUGAUCGACGUCUCUGCUGACCAUCUCUCCUACGUGGUGCAGAACCUCAACCCCUUCACUGAAUACACUUUCACUGUAUCUGCCUUCACUGGAGUUGGAGAAGGACCGCCGGUGAAAAUCAGGGAGAAGACCAGAGAGCAGGUGCCAAGCGCCGUUCAAAGUGUCUCGUAUCAAAAUAUAAGCACCACCUCCAUCCUGUUGUCAUGGGAACCUCCUUUGAACCCAAACGGAUUGAUCACUCAUUACACUGUGUACGUACUUGACCUGGGCAGUCAGGAGGCCUUCCAAAGGGUCAUGAACAAGACCAGCAUCCUCCUCACAGGGCUCAAAAAGUACACCAAAUAUAAGGUGAGGGUGGCAGCCUCAACAGCAGCGGGAGAGAGCGCCCUCUCGGAGGAGGACGACGUCUUCGUUGUGACCCAGGAAGACGAGCCUGACUCUCCUCCGGUGAACCUGGCUGUGUUCAACAUCACCGCAUCUGCAGCCACGGUUACGUGGUCACCUCCAGAGAAACCCAAUGGGAUUAUCCAAUUUUACGAAAUCUUUUACCAGAAUUUAACGUUCAGUGACGUGAUCAACACUUCUACCACCAGUGUGACAUUUCGGCACCUGAAACCUUCUUCUGUCUACAAUGUCACUGUCAGAGCAUACACUAAACAUGGACAUGGAGACCAAACAUCAGCCAUUCUGGAAAUGCUGACUGGUGAAGAUGUCCCUGGGAGCCCACCCUUCAACCUGACCUAUAAGAGCAUCAGUUCCAGUGAGGUGAUGGUUUCGUGGCAGGCUCCCGUGCACCCUAAUGGCGUCAUCCUCUUCUACACCGUGGAGUACUGGAACGCCACUCACUACAUGAACGUCAGCACUCCCGUUGCAUCUGUCCAUCUCUCCAACCUCCGCAAAUACGCCCGCUACAGCAUGACCGUUCGGGCCAGCACCCGCCAGGGCAGCGGGGACCAGGUCAGCGAGGUCCUCAAUAUCACUACCCUAGAGGACGUACCCAGUUCUCCCCCACGAUUCCUGUUUGCCAGAAGGUUGUCCGAUAACCAAAUAGAGCUGUCCUGGACUCCGCCAUUAGAAGCGAAUGCCCCAGUUCUGUACUACCCUGUACGUGUCUGGAACUUGACCUCUGAGUACAGAGAGAAUGUGACCGACACGUUCGUUGUGAUCAGUGUGGACGGAGAGGGUCUGUACAAUGCCUCCGUCUCCAGCUGGACAAGAUUUGGGGAUGGCGGUAUGCUGGUGUACAUCACUUUCAGCACUGUGAUCACAGGUCCAGCGGAUCCUCCACAGAACAUUUCUUACAUCAGCCUGACGCCCUCCUCUUUGCAAGUGAUGUGGUACCCCCCCAGACAGCCCAAUGGAGCGGUACUGUUUUACACCAUCCACUACAGUAACAGCUCCAGCAUUUACACCCAGAGGGUCCCCGUCUCUCAGCCACAGCCUUCCGACGCCCCUUUGUCGUUCGUUAUGGAGAAUUUGGCCAAAGGCAGCAACUACAGCCUGUGGAUGAGCGCUAACACAGCACAGGGUGAUGGCGGCGUGCAAAGCGACAUGAUCCACGUGCUCACGCCGGAGGACGUUCCUGAUGGGCCAAUCCGAAACCUGACUGCCCAGAACUUUACCUCGACAGCCAUCAUUGUGAGCUGGGACCCCCCCAUAUCCCCCAACGGCAGGGUGUUCUACCUCCUCAGUCUGAAGGUGUUGCAUGAUGAGAGCGGUAACACGACAAAUAAGAGCACCACCGACACCGUGUUCCUCUUCACAAAACUGUUCAAGUACACCGAUUACGUGCUGAGGGUCACUCCAGCCACUUCAGCGGGCCACUCGGAGAGCAGCACCACCGUCCUCUACCUGAGGACUGAGGAUGACUUUCCCAGUUCCCCACCAGUUAUGGGUUCCAGUAAGAAUGUGACCGCUUCCUCCAUCUACCUGUCCUGGCAUCCACCUGUGGAACCGAACGGGGUGAUCACCGAAUACACUGUGGCGGUGCAGAGCCAGGAUGGCUCUGACACAACUGUCACCCCCAACACCAGCCUCGUCCUCACUGGUUUGAUCCCCUUCUCCCCUUACAAUGUGAGCAUCGCAGCAGUGAACCGCCGCGGCAUGGGCCCACCCCUCACCCUGCUGCUACAUACCGAUGAGGCAGGCCCUGCCUCCCCGCCCAGGAAUCUGAGCAUCUUGAACCAUACGGCAGACUCCGUGUGGCUGGCGUGGCAACCCAGCCUGGAACCCAACGGGGUGGUUCAGUUCUAUGGAUUCAAAAUCCUGGAGCUCAGCAGGCAAACUUUGAGCCAUCAGAAUUCAUCUGGACCCACCACUCAAACCAUGCUGACUGGAUUCAGACCUCACAGCAUCUACCAAAUCAGUGUCAGCACAUUCACCAAAGUUGGGAAUGGCAAUCAGUACAGUAACCCUGUCAUUCUUACCACAAAUGAAUCCGCUUCAGAUGCUGUGAGAAACCUUACCUGCCACGGAUCCAGGUGGGACUCUGUGUUCCUGAAGUGGGACCCACCCGCUCAUCCCAAUGGGGAGAUCACACACUACCUUCUCCAGUUUGGAGACCAGGAGAGGGUCCUGGCUGCUGCUGCAUGGCAGCACACCAUCACCGGACUGCAGGCCAACACAAAGUACACCUUACGUCUGAUGGCAGUCAACGCCGCUGGGCCAGGAGAAGACCAAAACUGCACUGUGACCACGUCCCGGGAAGCAGUCCCCGGUCCUCCCAGACUGCUGAAUGCAACCCAGAUCGAGGCCACCAGCGUGACCCUUAGCUGGGUGGCUCCAGAGGAGGUCCCAGGGCAUCUCAGGGAGUACCAUGUGGAAGUUCAGUUGUUGGCGCCAGGCUGCGACGACUGGUUUGCCACCCACUGCGUGGAGACCCAGCAGCUGGUGUACGAGGCGACGGAGGCCUGGGGUUCUCAGGAGGUCACCAUUGAUUCCCUCAUUAAGUACACUCGGUACAGAUUCAGGGUGAGGGCCCGCACCAACGCUGGCUAUGGGAACGCCUCCGACUGGGUGUCUGUACUCACUCUGCCCGGCAAGCCGGAUGCACCUCCUCGUGACGUGUCGGCGUUGCCCUCCUCCAACAGCCUCAAGAUUCAGUGGAAAGCCCCGGAGGUGCUGUCAGGGCCCACCUCGUACCUCAUCGACAUCAUCCCAGAGGAUGGUCUGGGUGUCAAUCUGACAGUGGUGAGAAGACAUGAGGAGAUCACAACGGUGGUGGUGUCAAACCUUACGGCCUUCACCCUCUAUUCUGUGACCGUGACAGCCUUCACUGGGGAUGUAGCAGAUGCCAGGAAGGAUGGCAAAGCCAGUGAUACUGUACAUGUCAGAACCCUGGAGGACGAGCCCAAGGAUCCUCCCAGAAAUGUGACCCUUCAGCUCAUUCCAGAAGAUGUGACGAGGGUCUAUUUGUCCUUCUCUCCCCCUGACAAUCCCAAUGGAAAGAUUAUUGCUUACAAGGCAAUGGUCUACAAGGGGGGUGACCUGGACUUCCAGAUUCAGAGUCUCGACAUUAUUGAACGUAGUAACAAUACCUUCACUGCUGUCAUAGAUGGACUCAAAGGAGGCUACAACUAUAGCAUACGGAUUUUUGCAGUUAACGGAGUGGGCAGAGGCCCCAGCUCAGAAGUGCAGCUCGCAACAGGGGUUAAACCGCCACCCAAGCCCAAUAAAAAGCCGGUGGUGGCCCUGUACCCAAGCGGUGCCCCCAUGGUGACAGCCAGGACCAUCACCACCCAGAUGCCAACAUGCUAUUUUACUGAUCAACAUGGACCCAUUGAGAAAGUGCAGGUCAUUGUGGCAGAAUUCAGAGUGAGGAACAGCAAUCUGACAAACUGGUAUAAUGCCUACUACAACAGUCCUGCUCCGUAUAUCACUGACGAUGGUUUCUCGAACCCUGAAUGCUUGGAUGGUGUGGCCAGGAAGGAUCUUAAUAGCAAGAGAUACACCAUUGGUGCCAAGAAUGACUGCCUGUCACAGGAAAAUGCGCUUUGUAAUGGGCCUCUAAAGCCAAAGACACACUAUGUGUUUAAAUUUCGAGCAACAAAUACCCUAGGACAGUACACUGAUUCUGAGUAUUCUGAUCCUGUGAAAACUUCAGAUGACCGAUUGCUAACUCGGGAUGAGGAGAUUAUUCUGGGGGUGCUUCUGUCUUUCUUUCUAGCCAUCUUUCUCAUAGUGGUCAUCUACACAUCUGUACGGAUCCACCAGAAGCAGAAGGAGGGUGGGACAUACUCCCCACGGGAAGCCGAGAUCAUCGACACUAAGCUGAAGCUCGACCAGCUGAUCGCAGUAGCCGACUUGGAGCUGAAGGAGGAGAAGCUGAACCGGCUUCUCAGUUAUAGAAAGUCUCUCAAGCCCAUCAAUAAAAAGUCGUUCCUGCAGCACGUGGAGGACCUGUGUGCCAAUGACAAUGCCAAGUUCCAGGAGGAGUUCUCGGAGCUUCCCAAGGUGCUGCAGGACCUCGCUACCUCAGACGCCGACCUGCCCUGGAACAGGUCCAAGAACCGCUUCACCAACAUAAAGCCCUACAACAACAAUCGCGUGAAGUUGCUGUCUGAACCAGGAGUCCCAGGGUCAGACUACAUCAACGCCAGCUUUGUCUCGGGCUACCUGUGUCCCAAUGAGUUCAUCGCAACGCAGGGACCCCUGCCCGGCACGGUGGGUGACUUCUGGCGGAUGAUCUGGGAGACCCGGAGCCGUACCAUUGUCAUGCUCACGCAGUGCUUUGAGAAGGGCAGGAUCCGCUGUCACCAGUACUGGCCUGAGGACAACAAGCCUGUCACUGUGUUUGGAGACAUUAUCAUUACCAAGCUGGCGGAAGAUGUGUUUCCUGACUGGACCGUGCGAGUCCUCAAAGUUGAAAGGCAUGGUAACUACAUGGUGGUAAACCACUUCAACUUCACCUCCUGGCCAGAGCAUGGCGUGCCAGAGUCCAGUGCGACGCUCAUCCAGUUUGUCAAGGCCAUCCGGGCCAACAGGGGCCGCGACAGCUCCAAUAUUGUGGUACACUGCAGUGCCGGUGUUGGCAGGACAGGGGUCUUCAUAGCCCUGGACCACCUGGUGCAGCACGUGAGAGACCACGACUUUGUGGACGUCUACGGCCUGGUGGCAGAGUUGCGGAGUGAGAGGAUGUGCAUGGUGCAGAACCUGGCCCAGUAUAUGUUUCUGCAUCAGAGCACUCUGGACCUCCUUUCAAGCAAAGGAAACAGCCAGUCCAUCUGGUUUGUCAACUACUCGGCCCUGGAGAAGAUGGACUCUCUGGAUGCCAUGGAAGGCGAUGUCGAGCUAGAAUGGGAAGAAACCACAAUGUGAAGGGUGUAAUUAUUUAACUGUCUUUAUCUAUGUGUUCAAUGACAUAUCUACGCUGAAUAGCUUCUGAAAACUG